AUGCUGGACCUCUCUGAACUGGAGGACCACCCGGUCUUUGCCGACUAUGGCAGACUCGCUACUCUGCACGAGUUCAACAUGCUGAAAGGCCCUCUCGACAGGCAGACCGUCAACGACGUGAUUGCCAUGACUGCUGCUAUCCAGGAGGACACUCCCAGUGACUCCGCUGAUUACGCUGCGGCGACGGUGGCUCAGCACAUGGCCCUCAACAUGUAUACUGCGACGGCUGCGCAGGACCGUUCUGAUCCCCCUUCCCCAGCGCCCGCUCUCGCUCCCACCACCAAGAUGGCUCCCGAGACGAAGGACCACGCCAACGCCCUCGCGAGCAUCCAGGCGACACUCUCGAGCAUGAACAACACCCUCACCGUCCUUACCACCGCGGUCACGUCGAAUGCUCGCAACAUCGAAGACAUCAAGGCCCAGGUCAACGCGCUCACCACUCGCAUCACUGCGUCGGAGGAGACCAACAAGAUUCAGUUCCAGGAGGUUCUCUCCAAGAUUGAAGGUGUCGACGCUGUCCUCGCUUCCCACAGUAUCUCUGUCGCUGGCAACCCCGUCUCCUCUCAAGCCUCUUUUGAUGGUGAUGGCAGCGUUGCCUCGUCUGCAGCCACCGUCGUGGACGAACUCAAGUCGGCCGCCACCAGCUUUGAAUAUGCGGAACUUCUGAAGGAGAUCAAGGCCGCCUCCACCGCAAUGCCCGCCUUACACAAGGACAUCAUCUCCAAGGUGGAUGAGCUUUCUGCUACCGCCAGCGUGACCAACCCCCCCACCCGCAAGCUCGAUGAUAUCUACAGCCAGCUCACUGUCAUGCAGUACAAGAUGGACAAGAUGGCUAUCACCGCGGACCAGUCCAACAAGGAGACCGCUGCCAAUGAAUCUGCGGCCAAGGCUCGUCUGCACGACAUCUUGGUCAAGAUUUCCGACCUUGCGGGCAGGAUGGACUUGAUUAGCCCAAUUCACGAGAAGGCGGCCUACCUUGUCGGCAACAAGUGGCAGUGCAACAAGUGUCUCCACGUCAACAUCGGCGACGCUCACAUCAACUGCAUCGGCUGCGGCGACCCCAAGGCUCAGACUAAAUCGAACGAACCCUCGACCGCGGAUUCCCUCAACAACAUCAGCAUUGGCAUCCAGAGUGUGCAGGACAAGAUGAGAACUCUCGCUGCCACGCUCAAGUCCAACACCCAACAAACCGCAGAGGCUUUGGGCAUUGCUAAGAAGCUGUCCACCGCGGCCGACAUUGGGGACGUCCGUCGCAGCAUCCACUGUCGCGAUAUCCUCGGCGUGCCUCUGGGACUGCAGCGCCUGGAGAGACUUUUGGACAAUUUCAAGACCAAUGAGGUGGACUACACCGUCACUUGCAGGACUGACGCACAGCUCAAGUUGACUUAUUUCGAGGACGAAGACGAGCUCAACGAAGCCAGCUGCUCGGAGCUUCUUCAAUGGGCGCAGGUUGCCGCACAGUGCGAAGCGGAAGACCUCGAGCAUCUUGACCUGGACGACGACGACCACGAAUCUCUGGAGCAGGUUGUCCGCCACUUCAUUGGACUUCCUGAAGCAGACGAAGACGACGACGAUGAAGACGACGAACACAACGACAGCGAAGACGACAAUGACGACAACAGCGAAGAGCAGAAUGAGUAA